GCAAUGAAAAUCUUUUCAAGUAUUAUGUGCUCUUAAUGUACUGUUUCUAAACUUGAAAUGAGCCUGAGUUAAAGGGGGUCGCGCACGAAACAGAUGGGUCUGAGUUUGAUGUUUGGGUUUUUAACUUCGUAAAAUUAGUAUUUUACGAAGGUUUUUGGGUGCAACUUACCCAUUUGAUCGUAGUUGGGUAAUUUCAAUGCCUGGUUGUAUCCAAAUCUGUGUACUUUUGACAUCCAGAACACAUCUAUGAACGAUUUCGACUAAGACAAACCAGAUCCCAAAACAAAACCAAUUCGCACAUCUGUGAAGACCUAAGCCAAUGCCAUGAGCAACUGUGAUCUUUGUUCCAGGGGGAACGCAUGACUAGUCAGCGCCCAAACAAACUUUGUCGAAAUCGUCCAUUAAAGUGGCCCAGAGUAGCAUAUGGUUUUUAAUGAAACUUUGUUUGAAUUCAAUGCCUCUAACAUUUUCCCUUUUUCAAGCCAUAGUAGUGCAGCGGAUACUUUAGAUUUACUGAGCAUGCCUGAUAGUUCAGGAUGGCAGACAAACCAGAGGCAAAAACAGAAGGACAAAUUGCAUUCCGAGUCUCUAGAGGCCUGGACAUCACCAACAAUAUCAAGAGAGAUGGAUCCCUUGGCUGUUAAUAGUGCUUUAAGAAACCUUGAUUCAAAAAGAAGUCCAAAGAGAAUAAAAGACAAUAGAGUAGGUCAGCUUGAAGGUUUUGAUAGCCGAAAUGAACGUGGCAUGAUUUCACCAAAAGAUGGCGCACAUGUGCAUGACUUGAAUGAUCACCAAGACUCACGUCCGGUCACACGUCCAUCCACUUAUACCUUAAACCCAGAGUCGAGUUAUAUACUCAACCACAACGGAAGCUUAAAAAAUGUGCCAGUGAUUACUCCGAGGGUAAAUGGGAAGACACAAGUCAUAGAUCCUGGAGGGAAAAAAGUGGGACAGAGUCCAAGUGUUGAUGCUGCCAGGACACAAUCACAGAAGCAACAGGUAGAUCCUCCUACCACUCCUGCCCCUGGCAUGCCAGGUGGGAGCACAGAAAUACUUGGUCAAGGUGAACUACGAAAUGCUUCUAAAAUGAGUAAUCCUGCACAGUCUGCAACUUUUGUUCGAGGGCCGUCUCAGAAUCAGGGCAAUCCUUCUUCAACCAAUUCUGCUGUAAUGCAGACAAAUUCUGAAACUGCAUUGUCAUAUGGAGUGGUUGAUGUGCAGCAGACAUCACCUCAAGCUGCAGUACAGCAGACGUCACCUCAGGGUGGAGUGCAGCAGGUGUUACCAAUGGAUGAAGUUCAGCAGACGUCACCACUGGGUGCACAGCAAACCUCGCCUCAGGGUGCAGUUCAGCAGAUGUCACCAAUGGGUGCAGUUCAGCAGACGUCUUCUCACGGUUCAGUACAGCCGACACCAAACUUUCAAGAACAUGUGGUGACCCCAACUGGUGCAAUUGAGCAGUUUUCUCAAGGUGAUGUUUCACCAAGUAUCCAAAAUACCAACAGUGUUCCAAAUCCUCCUCAAGGCCAAGUCAGUGCGCCUCAGAAUACUGGUCAGUCAUUGUACCGGACAUCCUCAAACAUCGGUUCUCAACAGGAGACAGUUCCAAACCCAACUCCUAAUCAUGGAACGGAAUAUAACGUGACCCCUGUGCUGACAAAUGUUAAUCCAGUGCCCGGGGCUUCUCAUAGUGUAACCAGUCAACAGUUAGUUCAGAACACUAAUCAUGGACAAGACAUGAAACGCCCAACUAACCCAGCCAUCUCUGCACUGUCUACAUCCACGAAUAACGCCACAUCACAAUCACACCACCAACCACAGCGGGACUCACCAACACAGCACUCCACUAAUGGACCUCUGGAUAACACUGUAACUGGAGGUAGCCAUAGUAGUCUGGGCGAGGAGUUCAUGAAGAGGAAACAACAGGAAGAGGAGGAGAAGUUACGCCGGGAGGAAGAGGCUCGUCGCCGAGCAGAAGAGGCAUGGCGGCAAGGUGAAGAAACUCGCCGCGCUGAAGAGGCUCGCCGCGCUGAAGAAGCUCGUCUUGCUGAGGAGGCUCGGAGGGCUGAGGAGGCUCGGAGGGCUGCAGAAGAGGCACACUUGGAGGAGGAGCGGAGGCGGAAAGAGGAAGAGCAGCACUUGCUGGAGGAGGAGCAACGUAAACGUGAGGAGGAGGAAAGGCGGAGGCGGGAGGAGGAGCAGAGGCGUAAAGACUUCCCGUCACCUCCGCCGCUCACUGUGACAAGUUAUAUGGACCCUGCUGAAGAAAUUUCAGAAAGUGAUUCUGAUGAUGUAGUAAAAUUCCGAUAUGGAAAAGACAGAUAUGGUGAAAAUAAAUCGACGCAAAGGCAUAAACGUCAAGGAUUGGAAGGGUCCUCACGAUCGAAGAAGCAAUAUGAACGUGGAGCUAAAGAGUUCCAACGUACGUCCCAUCGGGAAAAACUGAAACCUUCUGGAGAGAAUUCAUCCAGAUAUGGGGGAAAACAAUCACAAGGUUCCCGGAACAAAGAAAUCAAAAGUCCGCGAGAAGAGAAGCCAACUGAAUCGAGUGAAGACCCGCCCGUUAUUGGAACAAUGAUACCAAGCAGAUCGCAACCGAAACAAGCCACUGAGUACCGCAUGAAGACUCAAAAACAACUUUUAGCCGAACUCGAGGCGACGAGACAGCGAAGGCGGGAGAUCGAAGCUCGCCGGGAGGAUCUUGUUCGUAAAGCCAAACAACUCCAAGCCAAAACACAGAGUCGUCGAAACCAAGCUCGUGACAUGUGGAAAAAGAAAUAUUUUGAAGAGAAAAAGAAGACUCCGCCUUACGAGGAUAAAUGCAACCGUCUGCGGCAGGAACUUGAACUUCUUCAUCGGAAGAUUGUGGGUCAGAUGGAAGGAGGGAAAGGCAGGGAACUGUUCAAGGUGGAAAAAGGAGAAAAUAGGCCUUCAGAGCAGAGUAAUCUGCGCAUCCAAGCAACGAAGCUCCAUCAUGAAAUAGAAGAACUCCAGCGGAGGGUUGAUGAUGCAAAAAUGAAAUUAACAGGGGAAGUGAAGCUGCGAAACCAAGCCGAAGCUGAAUUACGAGCUUUGCGGGCGGAGCUCACUCAGAAAAAAAUCAAUGUGACUUUGACGAGAUCACAAAAAUUAGCAGCGUUAGGUAGUUCCCAGGAUGUUUAUACCCCACGACCGGCGGCCAUUAGUCCUCGAUCUUAGUGCAGCCAAUCAAACUGGUACAUUCUGACUGGAGUCAUAUAUAAAUUAUGAUAUGUACCAUAGGAUAGACUUUAGUACCGAUCAGGUUGUGAUUGGUUGAUUUAAUCAUGUGAUAGUUCAAUUAUGUAUAUUGCUACCGUCAACAAUCCUUUGGAUACGCUUGCAGAAAAAAAGUGAUUGAAAUCUUUCACAGGAGACAUCGAAGUCAGUCAGUGUGCAGCUUCGAUGGAAAAAAGUAGUGAAAUCACUGACUUCUCAAAUUAGAUUGUUUACUUGUCACCUCCUCAUUGGUGAACAAAAGGUGUCAUGCCAUAGCUUUGUUAAGAGAUCAGGGCUGACCAAAACUCACGGCUUUGCAUCCAGUUUGUUAUGAGAAAAUGUUUAGUUAUGUUUAGUUUUUGGCCAAUUGAGAGGUCACAAGGUGAAACUUGCUGACCAGUCAUUACAUGUACAUGUGUGACUGUGCUAUUGAGCAGUGGCAGUCCUGGUAUUUCUUGAUUGCUGCUUGUCUGGGUUUUGGAUGGCCCGAACUCGGGAUGUUUGGUGACACCUUUUGAAAACCACGAUGAGGAGAUGCUCUUUCAUUUUUCGCUCAAAUUAUUUUCAGUUGUGUCUCAGUUGCCAGCUGAACAUCUCUUUCAUGAUUCCUAUAAACAAAGUCCAAAGAUGUUUAAGGGCGACUAUUUUGAAUACUACUGAUUUUUUAAAAUACGUUUUUGUAGACUGCUGAAAUACCGAUCUCAUUUCCUGUGUUACUGUGUCAUUUCAAUUGCUGAUCAUGUAUUCCAGUCAUAUUGGGCAGAUCCUCGUCAGAAAUUUCAACCUAAUUUCCCAGGAAAGUCGGGUCAUAUUUAUGGCUGCCUAGAAUAGUGACAGGACAUGAGGAAGUGGUGCAGCCCGGUGUUUCCUCAAGAGGCCACUUGAAGUGACUUUUUCAUUUUGUUAGUUGACUGUAGUGUCACUCCAGAUUACCCUUCCUGUGUCUAGAAUUCCAUCAUGAGAAAUUUCAUCAUAAUUUCUACUGUCUGUGUUGGGUCAUGUUCAUCUUGACCCGCAAUGAGAUGGUUAAGUCACUCACUUGUGGAUCCCGAUAGUGGUGACGCAAUCACACGAGAGUCAGGAUGGGUCAUGUUAUUCUGCUUGCUUUAUAUGACUGUAUGAGGAAGUGCGCUGCAAUGGUGUGAUAUGAAGAGGUCACUGUUUUGAUUUUGACCAUGUGUUUAUAAUCAUGAUUGGUGACCUCUAGUUGAUUCUUUGAUCGUGAUCUGAUUAUAGGCAUUGAUAUAAUGACACCAACAUUCUGUACUCAGACUUGAAAUGUUUCCUUUGGUUUUUGUUGAAGAAUGAGUAUCUCAAGAUAAUGCCUGCCUGCCUUGUGAGAAAUACAUGGUUCCUGUUGAGGAUGAGGGAACACCAAUAACCAAUAUGACAAUGCCAUCAGCCCAUUACAUUUCUCACUACCAUUUUUGGGUAAAAGUUAUACCAGGAAUACGGCAAGGGUUGACUUGUCUGUCUGAAUACCAGCGUAAUUGACAUCAACGAUAUAAUUGUCAGAUAUGCAUGUUUUGUCAAGAUUUAUGGUGAUAUGACGCCAUGUUGAACCAAAAUAGACAAAUAACUUGUCGCGUUAAUUGCUAUUAAAUUUUUUUCAGUAAAAACUACCGGAGUAUAAAAAUGUAUGUAUGGUACUCAAAAUGUGAUAGUAUUGUGAUAGUCCUAGUGAAGAUUUACUGUUAUUCUGUGGUACUAGGCAAAGGUACUGUAUGAUAGUUUCACCAGGAAAAUUGGAAUUGUUAUUCUGGUAUCAGGAAAGAUGAAAUUCUUGAAAACUUGCCAAAGUUUGGCAUUUUGCACUAUAUCUGAAGUGACCUUGAGGGAGUAUAUUGGUUCAGUCAUUUGCCUGGUAUUAUUUAGAAAAUAAUAUGAUGUAAGAUUAUUUAUUAAAAAUGUUAUGAUCAGCCAAAAGAAAAUUGUAAAUAAAAUGCAAGCAGACGAUAUCGUGCAUAGUUUAUUAAUGUGCUCCAAAUGACAUGACUCCUAACUCUUUUAAAUCCUGUGUCUGGGCAAACAGCAAUAGUUUUUCUCUGGAUCUGGCAAGAAAUAAUUGAAUUUUAAUGCAGACUAGAGAAACAUAUUAUAUUCGAUUGUCAUUGUAAGCCUUCAAGCACUUGUAUUCUGACAAAAACACAAUGAAAGCCAGUGGCGGAUCCAGGUGGUGCUCCUCAGGGGAGCGCGUGCACCUCUCACAUUCCACAAAGUUAGGGAAAUUGACCAGGGCGCCCUGCCACUCUCAGUCUCAGGACUUCUCAGCUUCCUCGUUCACAACUGAAAAGCCGGGACAUAUCUGUAGAGAUUGUUGUGGAUAAAGCAUUGAAUAUUACCAACACCACCAAAUUGAGAAGAAAGACAACCAGUAGAUCUUAGGGACUAAACUUUUGCUGUUUGACCAUGGUGUUUUGGUCAAGAAUAUAAGUCAUGUUUUUCGUCCAUUGUUGUUUAUAUAAAUGUACUUAUGAUAUUACAUAGGAAGGGUUCUAUUUUUAUACACAGACUGACAGAGCUUGUUAUCUAAUCGGAAUUUUGUGAAUUCUUUACAUCAGCUUAAUAAUAAAGGUUGUCUUGCUG